UUGUGUGUACAUUUACAGGAAGCAUGGCAUCGUUGCGUGAAUUGUUUAUGAACGUGUACUUGGUUGUCAUAAUUGUUGAUAAUGGUGUACGAUGCAAUCCAAUCUCAAGUGAACAUCAAUCAAACGAACAGGAUUUUAUCCGUCAGAGUUUGGGAACUGACGAGUCGGCAAGCUCUAACCUCAAUCGUCAAUUAACACAGUAUGAACUGGAUAUGUAUGAAAUCAUGAGGCGUCAAGAUUCUGAUCUUACAAGAAGGACGACGGAUGAAAGUUUUCAACAUCAACCCGCACGGGAAGCUAUCCAUUUUUUGAGGCCACAAUUUGGUAACUUUGGAAGACGUCUGUACUUCAACCUGUCCUCCAUACCUACGAAUGUCAAUAUAACCCAUGCCGAGGUUGUUUUUACUUCUCCCAACUCGGCUACACAGAUCAGUGGGAUAACGAUACCCGACCAUGACCCGACAUCAGUAGUGUUACAUGGUAGCUCCACGACCUCCGGUUACAAGAUUGAUGUCAGUGAAAUAUUACAGACUGAAACGAUCAGUCAUCAACCAAACAUGGAGGUGAACGUACAACUCCGGCACCAAACAGACUUCCGCCUCCGGUCACAUGAUCGGAGAGUCCAACGCCUCGAACCAAUGCUUUCUGUAUUUGAAAAUAUUGAUACAGAGCCCUUCCUGAGAACAAACAAUCCUACACGUGCUCGUAGAUCGAGUGAAAGUACCAACGCACAUACAUCAACUGAGUCUGAGACAUGCCAUCUUCAACCUUGGACCCUCGACUUCAGUGAGAUUGGAUUAAACAGUGUCAGGUACCCAACAACGUAUGAAGCGAACAUUUGCGUUGGGAACUGCAAUAGACCAUUUAGUAGUUCUUUAAUGAAUUCUACGCAUUAUGCAUACCUGAAGAAUUUGUACCACUUCGUGACGAACUACACAAUGACAGAUUCCGUGCCCUCAGCCUGCUGCACCCCUGCCACAUACGGGCCUCUCAGUGUAAUCUACUUAGAAAAAAGGAACGAUCUGUAUGUCAUCGAGCGGAUAGAAAAUAUGCGGGUGACGUCAUGUGGUUGUCGGUGACAUAACGCUUUAUAUGAUAACUGGGACUCUAUGUAUAUAUGUGUAUGUCGAACACUCAUUUACACUCAACUUGUGGAUAAAGUAUGAAUGCUUCACAUAUCGGAUGCAGUUUAAAUGCUUCACAUACCAGAUACUCAUAUAACGCUUCACACGUGGACACAAAAAAGUCCGUGAUAUUGCCUAUCAUAACGCUGUUAAGUUUUGUAACAGAAAUGAACUUUCUCCCAUCAGUUGAGCUAUUAACCCCUGCUUGUCUUUUAUGUAGGUCAUAAACAGACUAUUAUGUUAAUGAAUCACAUGCAGUUGACAGAAACGCAGCUUAACGUACCACUCGAGAAACAAAUGUCAACGUGGUUUCAAAUUAAUGGUAGCAAACGACCUUAGUCAAUAAUAUAUGCUUUAAUAAUGUUUGUCGAAUACUACAACCAAAUAGAUGUUCGAGGGUGAAAUAAUUGAAGCAUUCUACCACAUCCCACUUUUACCGUUUUAAUUUGGAAAGAUAAUGCUUUAAAAUCGGUAUAUGUGAACAAUGCAACUUUUAUCUAGGUAAUGUUGUACAGUUAUAGCUUUUUGACAGGUAAAAGUAAACAUAUCGAGUGACCGAACUCCGAGGUUGAUACAUGUAUCGACGUUAUCAAAAUGUUGUUGUUGUUUUCUUCUACAGCUUAAAGAUUCCACCAUUUCAGAUUUCUAAAACUUAAUAUGCCUCAUAGAGAUGAUUUUUAAAAUGGCUCAAUGAAAUACACAAAUUUCUCUAGUUCGAAGUAUUAAAUUUUCAUCUUUUUAUUUUAAAUUGAUUAAAAAUUUAUCAAUUCUGCAUUUUUACAAAAUUUUCAUAUGCUUUAAAUUAAAUUAAUUCAGAAUAAAGGAAUGGAAAUGUUUCAAUUCUAAGUUGAGUCAUAUUUUAUUUUAUUUUUGCAAGUUAUUCUAGAUAUCGAAAAUACAUUUUUCUAUCAUAGAAUCCUUCAUAUCGAUUUCAUCUUUUUUUUAUUGAGUAAAAUUACCAAUGCUCGAUUAUUUCAUAAAGUACACGCAUAGAAAAUUAUCAUUCCCUCCAUUAACUCAUACGGAAACUAAACCUUGAUCAAGGCAUCCAAAUAUUUAAGCAUCAAUUCAUUUGCCUCAUAAGGAUGAUUUUAACAGUAAUUAAUAAAAUCAUUUUAAAUUAUUACGAUACCUAAAUGUGUUUAGUAUAUUUUUAUGCAUAUGUAUAUUCAUUUUUUUACAUACUAGUUAUGUGUACGAUCUGUAUAUAUAGUGAAUGUAUAUAUUAUUAACAUUUUUUCUGCAAAUGGUUGUGCAUUGCUGAAGCAAAGAGUUUCAAUUGAUUUGGAUGUUGAUAAGAUUAUUACGAAGAAAGCAGCAAACAACUGAAAUACAUAUACAUCAUAUAUAGUCCUGAUAUAUUCUAUUUCAUGAACUAUAUCACCAAAUUAAAUAUAGCCAUGACUAAUUAUUUCCUUUCCUUUGUAAUAUACACAACGGAAAUAUAUACGCAGUGCAUUUGGUAUGCGUGAAUGAAAAUCUAUAUGGCUGUGUUGCAUGUCGUCAUGGACUGUUUAUGACAAAAGGACACAAACUUCAAGAAAGAUGUUCAGCAUGUAUUUUUUCCAUUUUGUAAAUAUAACAUAUACUUGCAUUGCAAUUUGUACUUGUGCCAUUUUUGUAACAUCAAAAUCACUUGUAAGAUAAGUUCAAUAAAUAACAUGGUUCAGC